AUGUAUUUCUCUACUAGGGCCUUCGUGGCGGUCCUCCUCGCUACUGCGGCUCGAGAUGUGGUUGCAGUUCCUCAGCGAGACAACAACGAGAAUCCCGGGUUGGGAAGCGGCGAGCAGGGCAACGACGGGCCGGGCAAUGGUCGGCAGGGCGAUGGGGGACCAGGAGGUAAUGGUCCUGGAAAUGGAGGUCCAAGCAAUGGCGGUCCAGGCAAUGGCGGUCCAGGCAAUGGCGGUCAGGGCAAUGGCGGACAGGGCAAUGGGGGUGACAACGCCAAUGGGGUUAUACGCAUACAGACCGUCGCCAACGCCGCACCAGCAGCCACUCCGAUACCCCCCGAGGUGCUAGCAGCCCAACAGUCGAGUGCUGCUGCUGCUGCGUCCGCCGCCGCCGCUGCCAACGAGGCGGCAGCAGCUUCAGGAUUAAGACAACCCCCGGGCUUGCAAGGGGCCGAGGCUCCCACUUCACUCCUACCGUUGCCCGGACUGGCUGGCGGAGGAGAUGUUGUGCCCCCCGUCGCAGUGGACUCUACAGCAGUGAUAGCACCUACGCAGGUCGAAUCAGAGCCGGCGGGAGCCGUGACGCAGAGUCCGGCGGGAGGGUUGCAGCAGCCGCCUGGGCUCAACACAGGAGCCGCUACCUCUCUGGCGCCGCUUCCGACGCCGCCGGCUGUUGACACUUCUGUCGUUGACACCGCCACAAGCGCUGCUCAGGUUAUUGGGUCGUUCACUCAAGUUGUGGGCGGAUCAACUACCGCAGCGGGCGCGGCCGGCGCAGUUACGUCCGCUGUGGUGGCGACCUCAGCUACCGGCGCCACCCCCGCCUCCUUUACCCCGAUCGUGGCUAGCUCGGUUCCCGCCGUUGGCAACAUGGCCACUGAUGCCAUAGACUCUGCCACCACCGCUGCUGCAGCCGUCGGCUCCUUCGCCCCCAUCGUCGCGAGCCCCUCCGCCGACCCAACAGUGGCCCAGGCCUCGGGCCCCUCCUCAUUCGUCGCCCCUAGCCAGGGCUUCGUCUUCACCAACGGCACAAACAACAGCCUCACUCCACUCCCCACCGGGGGCGCGGGAACCGGCACCGGUACCGGCUCUGAAUCCGGCGCCGGCGCGCUCCAACCCCUGCCCGGCCUAGCCAACGGCACAACCGGCACCGACACCACCACCGGCUCCGAAUCCGGCGCCGGCACCCUUCAACCCCUACCGGGCCUAUCCAACAGCACAACCGGCACCGGCACCGGCACCGACGGAGGCGAAAACGCCUCCCCCAGCCUGCGCCCCCUCCCCGGCCUCGACGGCAACGGCAACACCAACGACAACACCAACAACGGCAACGGCGACGCCACAGGCACGGACGCCGCCGAAACCCUGAUCACCGCGGUCCCCACCCCCGGCAGCAGCAGCGGCGGCGCGGACGCCUCAUCCAUACUGACGACCCUGACUACGGUCACGAACGGCGUGACGAGCACGCUGGUUACCGCCGUGGCGGCCGCGCAGACGGGGGCGGCUGGUGGUGGUGGGUGGGUGCGGAUGCCGUUGGGGGGGAUGCUCAGGGCGCGGGGGUGGCUGGGGAUGGGGUCAAUGGGUCGGGGGCGGCUGGGGCGGUGA